GAGGAUUCUUACCGGAAGUGUUGUUGCUGCUGGCGGAGAAUAGGCGCUAGCGCUGUUAGCACUGCGGCUAAAUAUAUCUGUUGUCAAUUGCUAAGCUAACAUCGUAAACUCCCUAGUGAAGCUGCGCUCAAACGUUUUCAUCGGUGGAACAGUGCCAUUAGCUGUUAGCUUAGCCACCGGAUGACUUAAAAUCCUGUCGUGAACGUUAUGAUUCAUUUAUUUCCAGGCGUCAGGUUGAAUUCUUAGUAUUAGCCUCUGAGCAAAGGUCUGACUGGCAGACAUGGAGACUCGGGGGAUCGAAGACAUGUUUGACUUUCGACGGUUCCCUAAAGAUGCAGUUGUUCUUCUGCUGUUGCUGGUUUACUUUCCCGUUGGCAUGUGUUUGAUGUUCAUACGGAUUUUUAUCGGCGUACACGUGUUCUUGGUCAGCUGUGCACUUCCAGAAAGUUUUGUUAGAAGAUUUAUUGUGAGAGUUAUGUGCUCGGUGCUGGGCAUGCACGUGAGACAGAAAAACCCUCGCUCCAGAGACAAAAACACCAAGCUGUACAUUAGCAAUCAUGUGACAGACUUCGACCUCAACAUAAUCAACCUCCUGACCCCCUGUAAUACUCCACAGCUAGAGGGCUCCACAGGCUUCAUGUGUUGGGCCAGAGGCUUCAUGGAAAUCCAUUCAACAUCUGGCCAAGGAGCGAUAGGGGAGACUCUUCAGAGAUACUGUUCCACUGAAGGCACCGCACCUUUGCUCCUGUUUCCUGAGGAGGACACCACAAACGGCCGUGCUGGCCUGCUCAAGUUCAGUUCUUGGCCUUUCUCACUGACUGAUUCCAUUCAACCUGUGGCCUUAAGGGUGACCAGACCAUUGAUUGCUUUGAACACACCUGACUCCAGCUGGCUGAUCGAGCUGUUGUGGACUUUUUUUGCUCCAUGUACAGUGUAUCAUGUAAGUUGGCUCCCACCAGUUUCCAGACAAGAUGGGGAGUCCACACAGGAGUUUGCCAACAAAGUCCAGGAGCUUCUAGCAGGUGAACUUGGCCUGGUCUCCACCAAGAUCACUAAAGCUGAUAAAGUUGAGCACAUCAAAAGGAGAAGACACACGGUACCACAAACAUCUACAACUGUCAGACCCAGCUCUAUUGGGCUUGGUUUCAUGGUGCAGAGUUUGGGCACAGAUGAUCAUCGGAUUGCUAAGAUGGCCCAACAAGUGAAGGAUGUGCUGCCUCAUGUUCCACUUAAUGUCAUCGCAAAGGAUUUAGCGAAAACCAAUUGUGUUGACACCACCAUAACAAAUCUGCUGGAGAACAGGGAGGAAACUCCAAUGGAAGCAACCGGGACGUCAACAUUUGGGCCUUCAAAGAUUAGCUCCAACUCCUCUGGUUCUGCACCCACCAUAAAGCCUGCUGCCAAAUCUUUUGGGAAAUCACCAGUUGACAGACAUUUGUCUCUCCAAGAUAGAAAAGAAGCGCUGUAUAAUUUUGCAAGAAGACGCUACAUUGAAAAACACGGAUUGAAUCAAGAAGACACUCCCUGAACACUUCGGGUCAAGCUAUCAUUCUUGUCAGAAGAACCAUAUACUACCUGCACAGCUGUGUAAUUUAAAUGAUGAUUUUAUAUUCUGUCAACAGGUUCUUUUACAAAACAGUGGUUGUCAAUUCCAAAAGAUGGAGAAGAGUAUUCAGAAGAUGUUUCAGUUAAUGCAAUGGUUAUUAUGCAUGUCUUUAAUUCUUCAUUCUGGCCGAUACAUAAUUUUGAUAACAAUUUGUAUUAUGAUCCACUGACUGUGAAUCAUCUAUUUAUUUUUAUAAUGUUCAGAGUCAUUGAUGAAAAUAAAGUUCAGCUUGACCUCUC